GUAAAAGUGUCGGACUGAAUGUAUGAAGGCUUAUGCACAACUAGGCAGCGACGACAAAAAACAAAGUGAGCGACUCAUCGGUUCGAACCCCGGUCGCCCUCGACAGCCCCGCGCAACCCUCUGUCCUCGACGACGGACAUCUCUUCCCACAUUCUUGUAACUACCGCGAACCAACGAUCAUCACAACCACCCCAAGAUGGCAUCAUUCUUGUCGUUGCCACCCGAGGUUCGAACCAUGAUCUACCAUCUACUGAUCCAAGAAGCCAUCGCUGAGAACAAACGCGCUGGUGUGAUCUUGGACGGUCCUCCAGGCGAACAGUUCAUGCAGUAUCUGUCGCUCGAACACGGCUGUUGCAAACGCUAUCGACCCCAGGGUCCCUAUGAUUUCCAAGGGCUGGUCUGGAAAGCUCCAAUGACCCACUGCGUCAGAAGUAGUGCUGCACUCGCUGUCGCCAGAACCAGCAAACUCCUCUAUCAUGAGAUUGUGCCUCAUAUUUGGCGCAAUGCUGACUUGUCCGUUCAAGGUGCAUCAUCUGGCGUGGCAUUCUCCUUACUCUACGUCCUCGAACUACUGUCAACUACAGCGAUUGCCAAUAUCGAGCAUCUCAACAUUGUCAUUUUCAAUGACGGAGAGAAUUCGGUCGUCAGAGAGCUCAAACCACUCGUCAAUGCUAUCAACCAGCGUCUGCACAACUUGAAGACUGUCAAGCUCAGCAUAUCUGGUGCCAUAGCCGAGAACUCUCCGUCACACCCAUCCACGAUUCUCAUGGGUAUUGCAAACUUGGCUGAUGUGGGAGUGUUGAUGCUUAUCCCUUCGCACAUCUCUGUGUCGCUAAGCAACCACCCUGCAACGAACAUUCAUGUAGUCUGGUCUGAGUAUUUCAGAGACGACAGUAUCCUCGGCGAUAUACUGGAAGCAUCGACUAUCGCCAUGGAAACCACUGUGCAUCGACUCCGCAAUCUCGCUAUCGAGAGACAGACCAGGAGAGACUCUGAUAAUCUGGGCAAGGUUCUCGAAGACACUCAAGACUUACGCAGAGCACCCUUGGGCUUGUUGUCACACAGUAACUACUAGACCCAGCGGUACUGUGGCUUGAUGUUUUGUAGAGACCGGUGCAACUAUCACAUUUGAUGCAGUAUUGACUCGCGAUUAGGAAUCGGUGAGCUGUCUGACAUCAGUAAAAAAUACA